UCAAAUCUGUUCAGUCACCUCAAAGCAAAGCACAACGAUUUGUAUCAGCUAUGCUCGGCAGAAAAAUCUUCAAGCUCAGGUGAAUCAACCCUCGUUCACCAACCCAAGCAACAAUCCAUAUCAUCAAGCUUCGAAAGCAUAACACCAUAUCCUGAAAGUUCCCGCCGUCAUAGUGAGAUAACCAAGGCCAUUACACGCUAUCUGGCAAAGGAUAUGGUUCCGAUCGCCACAGUCGGGAAACGAGGGUUUUUGCACCUGAUGAAUACCAUCGACAAACGGUACAACAUUCCCUCUCGAACCUAUUUUUCACGCAUUGCUAUCCCCCAAAUGUACGAGCAUACUAGCGACCGUGUCAUGUUGGAACUGAGAGAUGUCGAACAUUUUGCGUGUACAACGGACCUCUGGUCCAGUAGGACAACAGAGCCGUACAUUAGUUUAACGGUUCACUUUAUUGACAAAGCCUUUAAGAUGAGAAGUCUGUGCUUACAGACAGCAUAUUUCCCCAGUGAACACAGUGGGGAAAACAUAGCGCUGGGACUGCGAGAGGCUUUGUCUGAUUGGAAUUUGAAUGAGGCGCGUCUAGUGUGUUUUACCACGGACAACGCAACCAAUAUGAUCAAAGCGGCGGAAAUAAAUGGUUGGCCCCGACUACAGUGCUUCGGGCACAGACUGCACCUUGCUAUUGAAAAUGCUGUCAAAGGUGACACACGCAUCAGUCGUGCUCUAGGAGUGUGCAAAAAGCUAGUGGGACAUUUUUCCCAUAGCUGGAAAAAGAAAGAAGCGCUAAAGAAAGCACAGAGAGAGCUUAACCUGCCAGAACAUGGUCUCAUCACAGAGUGCCCUACACGAUGGGGCACUAAGCAACAAAUGAUGGAAAGGAUCCUGGAACAGCAGAGGGCUCUGUCACAAGUUCUCUGUGAUAAUCGGAAAUACAUGAGCAUUUCCUAUCUACUUCCAGUUCUUCGUUUACUGAACACACAAACCCUUGCUGCUGACGAGGACGACACAGAGCUGACAUGCUCAAUUAAAACCAAAGUGCUGGGCUACAUGGAGGCAAAAUAUGAGGAUCCUGCAACCCAAACUCUCUUGAACAUUGCCACUUUUUUAGAUCCAAGGUUCAAAAAAGACUACAUUCCUAAGGAACAACUUGAAGAAAUUAGUGUAAGGAUAAAAUCAGAAAUGAAGGAGGCACAACCUGCUGUUGCCAUAUCAUCAUCAGUGGGUGCUGCUGUGUCAGGUGCUGAGGCUGAGCCAUGUCAAAGUGCCACAGCCACAAGUACAAAGAGGAUGAAGAAGUCUUUAGGAAGCCUCUUACAGACCUCAGUCACAUCUCCCUCUGAAUCCUCUGACCAUGCAACCAUUGAAGCGGAAUUUAACAGCUACAUUCUGAUCCCCAAAAUCCACAGUGAGCAGGACCCUUUGGCAUGGUGGAGAAUUCACAAGGUAAAUUUCCCCCACUUAAGCAAGCUGGCGGAAAAAUAUCUUUGUGUGCCUGCCACUAGCACACCAUCUGAAAGACUUUUCAGCACAUCAGGCAAUGUAGUUACAUGUCAGCGUGCAUCCCUGAAACCAAGCAAAGUGGACAUGCUGGUUUUCUUGUCCAAAAAUCUUUAACAAUUUUAGCAUGAAUGCUAAAAUCUGACUUGGCAAAAACAAA